CGAAUUUCGCCGAAGACGACCGAGCUUUUGUCGGCUGCUGAAAUCCAAGAUGGCGGAAACCAACACGUCAACUGUCAACACUGGAAACGUUCCGGCCUCAAACCCGUUAACCAAGAAGUUGAACAAGAUAUUAGAAACUCGGCUUGACAAUGACAAGGAUAUGUUGGAAGCUCUCAAAGCACUGUCCACAUUCUUCAAUGAGAACAGUCUACGGACAAGAAGGAACCUGCGCAGUGACAUCGAGAGGAGGAGUCUGGCCAUCAAUGAGGAGUUUCUCUCCACAUUUCAAGUUGUCAAAGAUCAACUGGACAGUGUGUAUUCAGAUGUGAAGGCAAUGAGUGACUGCUGUCAAGAUAUGACAAGUAGGCUUAAGGCUGCCAAGGUACAGACCCAUGAUCUGAUAAACCAAACCACAAGUCUACAUGGGGAAAGUCAGAAGCUGCAGAUGAAACAGCAGGUAGCAGAUGCAUUCCUGGAUCGAUUCCAACUGAAACCAGAGGAAAUCAAGUCCCUCAGAGGAGCAAAAUCUGGGUCCCUUUCUCAAGAUUUCUUUCAAUCAUUGGCCAGAGUCAAGCAGAUUCAUACAGACUGUAAAAUACUUCUUCGAACCAAUCAUCAGACAGCAGGGCUGGAGAUUAUGGAGUCAAUGGCCCUACACCAGGAGUCUGCGUAUGAACGCCUGUACAGAUGGGCUCAGAAUGAGUGUCGUACCUUGACCAGUGAAUCCCCAGAGGUCUCACCCAUACUCUGCCAGGCCAUGCUUGCACUACAGGACAGGCCGGUGCUCUUCAAGUACACACUUGAUGAGUUUGGGACUGCCAGAAGGACAGCUGUAGUGAGAGGCAUGAUUGAUGCAUUGACUCGAGGUGGACCAGGUGGCACUCCCCGGCCCAUUGAACUCCACUCCCAUGAUCCUUUGCGUUACGUCGGUGACAUGUUGGCAUGGUUACACCAGGCCACUGCCUCAGAGAAAGAAUAUUUGAGUACACUUCUGAAGAGAUGUGAAACAACUAAUGAGACCAUUCAAGAUACCCUAGGGCAUAUAAGCGAAGGCGUCUGUCGACCAUUCAAGGUGCGCGUGGAGCAGGUGUUGGUCUCGGAACAAGAUGCUGUGACCCUGUACAUGCUGAAUAAUCUCCUCAAGUUUUACCAUCACACCAUACAGCAGAUUAUCAGCCCUGCUGCUGCCCUGCUGGAGACCAUCACAGAGAUACAGGACCUCAGUCACCGCAUGUUCUUCAACAGCCUCACAUGUCAUGCAAACAAACUUCUUGAUAAGGUAGAGCUGCCCCCUGCAGAUCUGGGACCCACUGCAUCCCUGGUUCAAACCCUGGCCCUGCUGAAAGAUGUACUCCAGUGCCACGACUCUUCUGUUGUCACCUUGGAGAACAAGAAACAAGACUUUAAGCAGAUCCUGUCGUGCGUUCUAGACCCGCUGUUACAGAUGUGCUCGGUGUCAGCCAGUCGCCUGAACACAGCCGACAUGGCUUCGUAUAUGGUCAACUGUAUCUACCAGAUGCAGUCCACCAUCGCCUUGUAUGAGUUCACUGACACUAAACAAGAGAUGCUGCAAGCACAGGUGGAGGCCCAUGUGGACACUCUGGUGAACGAACAGGCUGCCUUUGUGCUGAGCAGGGUGGACCUGGCCCACAUCUACAGCACCAUUCAGCAGCACCAGCCCAAACUGGGACCUUUGGCAAACCUCCCUGGCAUGGACCCAAUAACUGUCAAGUCUGCAAUGAACAAGUUUGACAGCUAUCUAGCCAGCCCUGACUCGCUUACUUUGUCUCAAUGCAGUCUUAUUACAAGUUCAAAAAACAGAGAACUCAUUAAGAAGAACUCGUCGGAGCUGAUUUGCCAGUCAUACAGGCAGAUGUACACGGCUGUGUGUGACCCCCAGAAUGAGUAUAGGGAGUGGACCAGCAUAGUGCCUCGUACCCCUGACCAAGUCCUAGCACUUCUCAUGUGAAAUGAAACUCGGUGUGUUCAAUAAAACUGUUGCUGUUAUUUA